AUGGAGGCUGAGAGAGCUGCAGUUGGUGCAGCAAGACCUACAGGGUCACAGGAAAGCCGGGAUCUUGCUGAGUUCCGGAAGUGUAAUCCUCCACAGUUUGCAGGAGAUGCGGAUCUAGAGGUAGCUGACCGCUGGAUCCGUGAGCUAGAGAAGAUCUUUACUGUCCUGGGAUGUCCUCCAGAUAGGAGGUUAGCAUAUGCUGUGUGUAUGCUUGUUGGGGAGGCUGAACAUUGGUGGAGAGGCACCUAUCAGAUGCUUGCUGCUAGAGGAGUUACAGUUGAUUGGGAGUGCUUCCGGACGGUGUUUAUAGAGAAGUACUUUCCGGAAAGCGUGAGGCAUGCCAAGGAGGCAGAGUUUAUGCGACUGCAUCAGGGAGGGAUGACAGUUUCUGAGUAUGCGAUGAAAUUCGAGCACCUGGCUCGUUUUUAUUCGCAAGUGGAGAAGGAAAAAGUGGUGGAGCGGUUAGAGGGUGGCAACCGGGUUGUGAGGACUGCUAGGGGGCCAUCUAGGUCCAAGAAGGGUGAGAGUCAGAGGAAGCCGGACUGUCCGCACAUAGAGAGUCGUUGCUUCAGAUGUCAUCAGAUGGGCCACAAGUCAGCCAAUUGCCCUGCUAGAGGCAGACCAGAGAGGAGUACUCCGAGGGGUGAUGUGCAGAGGACUGAUACUCAGAGGAGUAGCGCACAGAGAGUUGAUACUCAAAAGGGUGACAGACCCACUACUGCUGGUAGGGCGGUUGAUCUUUCCUCAGGAGGAGGAUAA